UGUGAUGAAUGAUGAUGGAUGACAUGACAGCCGAACAAAAAUUACGGCGUGGAUUUAUGGUUAAAAAAUUUGCGAAAAUCUGUUGACUGUUUCUCGAAAUACAUGUAAAAUUACAAUUUGCCGCGUUAUUUGUAUGGUGAUUGAUAAUUGUUCUUUUAAAGAAAUUGAUGUUAAUAUAAUGACCGAUAAUUCAAAAGUUUCGAGGCAAAGUUUGUGCAUAUCAUUGUCGUUAGCGCGUAAGUCGGGCUCUCCGGUGUUCGAAGUGUUAUAGCAGUGGUGGACGGUGUUAUAGGAGAUGGUGCCGAUGAUAUUAGCAAACGGAUCAAAAGAGAACUAUAUUUGAUUGUGCAUACUGGAGAUAUUACAGUAGCUUUUUGUUAAAAUGUAUCCAACAGCUACGCGGCACCCGGCGGCCGCGGUAAGGGGACCUCAGCCGCCUGCAGGGCCGAUUAAGUUUACAAUAGCUGAUACACUAGAGCGCAUUAAGGAAGAAUUCAACUUUCUACAGGCCCAAUAUCACACAUUGAAAUUGGAAUGUGAGAAACUGGCCAGUGAGAAGACGGAAAUGCAGAGGCAUUAUGUUAUGUAUUAUGAAAUGUCGUAUGGUCUCAAUGUAGAGAUGCAUAAACAGACAGAAAUAGCGAAGAGAUUAAGCGGUAUAAUAGGGCAAGUUCUCCCGUUCUUAGCCCAAGAACACCAACAACAGGUUGCAUCCGCAGUAGAAAGAGCCAAACAAGUCACUAUGUCGGAACUAAAUGCCAUCAUUGGGCAACAACAACAGCAGGGUCUCCAGCAACUGCUUCAGCAAAUCCACGCGAGUGCAGGGCUGUCGCACGGCGUGGCCGGUGCGGGUGGGCUGCUCGGCGCGGGCGGGCUGCUGUUCGCGCCCGGAGGGGGGCCGCCGCCGCCGCCGCACUUACCUCCACCUGCACAUAAGGUGGAGCUUCCCCCGCCGGCGGACAUAAAGCCGGCGGUGCUGGCGGGCGGGCCGGCGCCCGCGCCGCUGCUGCCGGGACAGCCGCCGCCCCGCGACGACGACCGACACAACGCCAGGGUCUUACAACAGCAAAGGAGAUCAGUAUCUCCUCAUGAGAGAGAGCAGAAGUACCGGCCGCGGUCGCCGGUGGAGCCGGAAGCUCUCGACGUGAAGCGCAGAAAGGAGGAGAAGGUACUCGGACAUGUGAGUCUAUGUAGUGACAGCGAUGCUGAAAAGAGUGAUCAAGAUCUUGUUGUUGAUGUUGCGAAUGAGGAAGAAAGAGGUUCCCCUAGUGUUCGUACGGAAGGCGGCGAGAGAACAGAGAACGGUCCGCGACCUCCUUCGAGAUCCGGCUCCUCGUCCAGCCGGUCAACACCCAAGAGUUCCAAAGACGAGAAGCCCGGCACCCCAGGCGGCGGGGGCCCGGCGGGCGCGGGCGGCGCGGGCAAGCUGGGCCGCGCGCCCACGCCCACGUCUGGGCGCGGCGCGUACCCGUUCGGCGCGUACGCGGCCUACCGCGGCGCCGCGCCCGCGCCCGCGCUGCCGCUGCACUAUGACAACCAUCACCGAACCAACGGCAUCGCGCCCGCCAAGCCCGCGUACUCGUACCACUCGUGCGGCGGGCCGCUGCAGCCGGUGGGCUUCCCGGCGGACGCGCUGGGCGGCGCGGGCGUGGCGCGGGGCGCGCGCGCGGUGCUGGCGCUGCCGCACGGCGAGGUGGUGUGCGCCGUGGCGCUGGCCGCCACGCCGGGCGCGCGCCACGCCUACACCGGCGGCAAGGGCUGCGUCAAGCUCUGGGACAUCUCCAACCCCUCCUCGCCUAAUGCUCUGGAACCGCUCUCGCAACUUGACUGUCUCCAACGCGACAACUACAUCCGCUCGGUGAAGCUGCUGCCGGACGGUCGCACGCUGAUCGUAGGCGGCGAGGCGUCCAACCUGUCCAUCUGGGACCUGGCCUCGCCCACGCCGCGCAUGCGAGCUGAACUCACCUCCUCCGCGCCCGCCUGCUACGCGCUCGCCAUCAGCCCCGACUCCAAGGUUUGCUUCAGUUGCUGUUCAGAUGGCAACAUAGCAGUAUGGGAUCUCCAGAACCAAACAUUAGUUAGACAAUUCCAAGGCCACACGGACGGCGCGUCGUGCAUCGACAUCAGCGGCGACGGCACGCGGCUGUGGACGGGCGGCCUCGACAACACCGUGCGCUCCUGGGACCUGCGCGAGGGCCGCCAGCUGCACCAACACGACUUCUCCAGCCAGAUCUUCUCGCUCGGAUACUGCCCCACCGGUUCGUGGCUGGCGGUGGGCAUGGAGAACUCCCACGUGGAGGUCCUGCACGCGGGCAAGCCGGACCGCUACCAGCUGUUGCUGCACGAGUCGUGCGUGUUGUCGCUCAAGUUCGCGGCCUGCGGGAAGUGGUUCGUGUCCACAGGCAAGGACAACCUGCUCAACGCCUGGCGGACGCCAUAUGGCGCUAGCAUAUUCCAGUCGAAAGAGUCAUCAUCGGUGCUCAGUUGUGAUAUAUCAGCGGACGAUAAGUUUAUAGUGACAGGGUCUGGUGACAAGAAGGCGACUGUCUACGAAGUGAUGUACUGAAGUGAAGUGUAAUCUCAAGCGCAAUAAUAACGUUGUUGAGGUCCAGUGUAGUGAGAGCGGUUUUAUAUCAGUUUCGUUGGCUGUAGAUAAUGUUGCUUUACUAUAAGAUUAACAUGACGUGACUCAGCGUUUUAAAAUGCCUUAUUCAGGGGAUAGCCGUUAAUGUAAUUUAGUGACGGCACGUCAAACAUGCAAGCAAUCGAAAAAUAUUGUAAACAUAAGUAUAAGUAAGAUUUUCAACAGAAUAGCAACAUCUUCGUAAUUUUAAUAUAAUUAUAUAACAUAUUCGGUGACAUUGUGCUCGGAAGUACCUUCGAUCAAAGAAGACAAUUAUCUUGUCGUAUAGUAACGGUGAUACCACUAAUCAAGACGUGGUUUGUGAGUUCCUUUAUUAAGUAAAAGGCUAUAAUAUAACCCCCAUGUUAACCCUUAGUAAAUGUUUUGUAAAAAAAAUAUGCUAAGCAUGUAAUUUUAAAUCUCGAUAAGACUAAACUUUCGUAAUAAAAUUAUUAUUUCUAAAUUGGCUCGACACUGCCGUUAUGAUCUCAAAAUUUCACGUAUUAUUUUAGGAUUGCAAGUUGCAAUGAUAAUAUAGUAUUAAAAUACUGCAAUAACAACAAUUCCAGGCAUUUUAUGUUUCAGAUAUCAUUUUCUACAGCCAACUAAAAAAGUUGAAUUAAGUGUAAUUUUAAUGUAACAAAUAGAUCAAUGUUGCACCGUUAAACAUGGAUAUUUUUAGUGUUAUUAUAUAUUUUUAUAAUGAAAAA